AUGACUUAUUUGGAAUAUAAAGUAAAAAAAGAACACAAUAAUUUUAGAGAAAAUAAAAAAAAAAAUAUAUUAAAGAAGAAAAAAAAAAAAAAAUUUCAAAAAGAUGAGAAUGAAAAAAAAAUUUUAUUAGAAAAAAAUGAUAUCAAUAUUAAGGUAAAAAAAAAAAUUAAAAAAGAUGAAAGAACAAAUAAUAUGGAAACAAAAAAAAAUAAAAAGAUUCUUAAUAAUGAAAUAAAAAAAAAUAUUAAAAAAAAAAAGAAAAAAAAGAUUAACAUAGAAUUGGAAAAAACUAAUAAUUUUAAUUCUGAAAAACGCUUAAAUAAUGUAGAAAAUGGUUUAGGUGAUUUAAGAGAUAAACCCAGUGAUUCUGAAGAGAAUUCAAAAAUUAAUUCAUUAAAUGAUUCAAAAAAUGAUUCAAAAAAAAUAAUAGAGGAAUCUGAAAAUGAAAAAAAAACAGAAAUAAUUUCAUCUGAAAUUAGUACACAAGAAAAUUUUUACAGUGAAAUGAAAUUUGAAGACUUAAAUAUUUGUGAUGCAUUAAAAAAAGGUUUAAAGGAGCUAAAUUUUGUUAAAUUAACAGAAAUUCAAGCAAAAUGUAUUCCUCAUUUCUUAAAUGGUAAGGAUAUAUUGGGUGCAGCCAAAACAGGAUCAGGAAAAACAUUAGCUUUUCUUAUACCAUCUAUACAUAUUUUAUAUAAUAUAAAAUUUUUGCCAAAAAAUGGAACAGGAGUUUUAAUUAUAUCACCAACAAGAGAAUUAUGUCUUCAAAUAUAUCAAGUUUGUAAAGAUUUAUGUAAGUAUAUACCUCAGACUAAUGGUAUUAUUAUUGGAGGUAUGAGUAGAAAUGAAGAAAAAAAAAAAUUUAUUCAUGGAAUUAAUAUUUUGAUUGCUACUCCUGGAAGAUUACUAGAUCAUAUGCAAAACACAAAAGAAUUUAUUUACAAGAAUUUGAUAUGUUUAAUUAUUGAUGAAGCUGAUAGAUUAUUGCAAAUUGGUUUUGAAGAAGAAAUUAAUUUAAUUAUAAAAAGACUUCCGAAAAAAAGACAAACUGCAUUAUUUUCAGCAACUCAAACAACUAAAGUAGAAAGCUUAAUUAGACUUUCUUUACAAAAACCUAUAUUUAUUGAGGUGACUACAAAAAUAGCAACUGUGGAAAGACUACAACAAGGAUAUGCAUUAGUUGAAGAAGAUAAAAGAUUUCUUUUGUUAUUUACUUUUUUAAAAAGAAAUUUAUCAAAAAAAAUAAUGGUAUUUUUUAAUAAUUGUAUGUCAGUUCAAUUUUAUAACGACUUACUAAAUUAUAUUGAUAUACCAACAUAUUGUAUUCACGGCAAAAAAAAACAAAAUAAACGCUUGAAAAGCUUUCAUGAUUUUUCAAGUUCUCAAAACGGUAUUUUAUUAUGCACAAAUGUUGCUGCAAGGGGGUUAGAUAUACCUAAUGUUAAUUAUAUUAUUCAAUAUGAUCCUCCUGAUGACUCGAAAGAAUAUAUACAUAGAGUAGGAAGAACUUGUCGAGGAAAUGAUUCAAAUGGAUCAGCCAUUAUAUUUUUAAUGGAACAUGAGUUGAAAUUUUUAAACUAUUUAAAAUUUUAUAACAUACCAAUAAAUCAAUUUGCAUAUGAUGCUAGUAAAGUUAUAAAUAUACAAUCACAUAUUCAGUCAAUUGUUACAAAAAACUUUCAUUUACACAAAAUGGCUAGAGAAGCUUUUAAAGCAUAUUUAAAUAGUUAUAUUACUUAUGCACUCAAAGAUGUUUUUGAUGUGAACAAUCUGAAUUUACUUUUAACUUCGAAGAAUUUUGGGUUAGAAGUACCCCCAAAAGUUGAUUUAAAUUUAAAAUUAAAUAUAAAAAAAAAGAAAUUUAAGUGA